UUUCCAAAAAAAAAAAAAAAAAAAGCUUGAUUCUGUAUGAGACUGUGCUCUGUUGUUUGGUUAAUUUUUGUGCUCAGUUCAAGUUCUUAGGAAGAAAACUGUGUUUUAUUUUGUGGGUAUCUGGCUAAAAAGGAAAGGGAAGAAGAAAUAAGAAGUAGAAUAAAAAGUAGCGAAAAAAUGGGGGCAUUCCGAGAAUCGAACUCGGGACCUCUCGCACCCAAAGCGAGAAUCAUACCACUAGACCAAAUGCCCUCAUUAUGAUAAUGUACAUGUCAAAUACGUCAUUAGCGUAAUAAUUUAUUUGUUUUGUUUUCGUGGUCCCUGAUUGGCCCAGUUACUUUUCUUUUCCAUCAUUUUGGAUUACUGGUGGUAUGCAUUUUCCACAAGAUAUGGUAUCAUGGUAAAACAGAAGGUGGAAUUAACAGUCCCCACAUCGAAAGACUGCGAUAUUGUUGAGCGAUAUCAUUGGUAUAGUACUACAAUAGUUUUAGUUUGAGGACAGCACUAUAAAAUUCACGUAAAAGAAUACACUAGGAUCUUAAAAUUAAGUUUAGUUCACAGUAAUGAGUAUGAAUUCACAUAUGGAAUCGUACUGCUAGCGGGGAGACUGUUGUCGGAAGCUAGUUAUUUGGAGAACUAAAUUGAAGUCUUGAGUUUGUUUGAGUUGACUUCCAUGUAGGUAAAUUGUUAGAAGUGGGAAAGGUACUGGAAGUACAAUCAUACCACUACAGAAACCAAAUAGUCUAUCAAGGGGGUUUGAAGAAUGGGAAGAGUUAUGUUAUAUGUUAAUACUUACAUGAAAGACAUUUUCUUUUCACAUGAAUUGAUCACACUACAUAGAUCUGAAGAAUGAGCAGAGUUAUGUUAUAUUAUAAUCUUACAUGGAAGAUAUUUUCUUUUCACAUGAAUUGAUCACACUACAUAGGUCAUGAGUGUUCAUAUUCUGUUCAUUUUUUUGUUCAUUCCAUAUGUUUAAACACUUCAGGAAUUCUUGGAUCAUAUAUAAUUUUUUGUUCUAUAGUUGGGUGAUUCAGUCUCAUUCAAGUUUCGACUCAUUAAUGAAGUGUUAUAUGUCGGGUAAAGUCUAGGAAGACAAAAAAGAUUGCCCUAGUGGGGCAUUCCGAGAAUCGAACUCGGGACCUCUCGCACCCAAAGCGAGAAUCAUACCACUAGACCAAAUGCCCUGAUUAUAUUACUAAACAUGCCAAAUAAGUAAUUAAUAAUAUAGCUUUGGUUCAAUUAUUCCUUUUCUUUUCCAUCAUACUUUUAUACAUGUUCCCGGGGAUAGAUAUACUUGUUUUCCUGAAGUUAUAUCACUGUUAAGCUAGAAGUCUAGAAGAGGGAAGUACUGCUCGGUAAUAUGGAAACUUAAUUGAACUUUAGAGUUCAUUUGAGUUCAUAUAGCCUAUCGAUGGGAUUUGAAGAAUGAGAAGAGCUCAAGUUCUUAUUGCUAACAUAUGUUACUAUGUAAUGUCAUGCCGAAGUUUGCCAUCUAGGAAGUUUUAUCCUGUGAUAAGUGGAGCCAAUGCUAAUUCCUUGCUAUGUUUGAAUGGAACCCGAUCCAAAGAAGGUUAAGGGGAAAAUCUAUGUGAGUGGAUUUGUGAAAAUAUUAGACAAGACAAAAAAUUAAACAAGUGGGGCAUUCCGAGAAUCGAACUCGGGACCUCUCGCACCCAAAGCGAGAAUCAUACCACUAGACCAAAUGCCCGUACUAUGGUAUCUGCAUCUCUACGCAGUUGGUUAAUUCAGUCGGUUUUCCUCGGGUCUGUAGUUGGUUGGUUUGAACACUGCAGUUUGCAAUGAAUAUUUUUGAAGUUUUCAAUAAAGAGCUUUUUGAAGGGUUGGUGGUUGUGAGGUUGGAUUGGAAGCUGUCCAUGGCCACCUUCGCAGGAACCUCCCAGAAGUGCACAGCCUGCGAAAAGACGGUGUAUCUGGUUGACAAGUUAACAGCUGAUUCCAGAUCCUACCACAAAGCCUGCUUCCGAUGCCACCACUGCAGAGGUACCCUAAAGCUCAGCAACUUCUGCUCAUUUGAGGGAGUCCUAUACUGCAGGCCUCACUAUGAUCAACUCUUCAAGCGAACUGGUAGUCUGGAUAAGAGUUUUGAAGGCACACCGAAAAUUUUGAAACCAGAAAAACCUACGAUUGAGAAUGAGAAUAGCAAGGCAGUAUCAAACAUGUUUGUUGGUACCAAAGAUAAAUGUGUGGGAUGUGAAAAGACAGUGUAUCCCAUUGAGAAGGUCUCGGUGAAUGGGACUUCAUACCACAGGAGGUGCUUCAAAUGUACCCAUGGAGGUUGCACCAUAAGCCCAUCUAACUAUAUUGCACAUGAAGGAAAGCUCUACUGCAAACACCACCACAUCCAACUCUUCAAGGAGAAAGGGAAUUACAGCCAGCUUGAGAAUGAACGUGAAAAGCAAUCGGAGACUGGUAGUUAGUCAUGAGCCACUCCUAAUGUUUAAGGCGCUUUUCAUUAAUUUUAACUUGUAAUCUUGUUUUUGGUCAUGCAUUUGAUGUAAUGUGAGGUUGAUCUGCAUCUGCUUAAUGUGUGAAAUGUUUUUCUGCGGCAUUUUUGAUUGGUCA